AUGCGAGUCGAUCAGGGAUUCGUGCCGUUGAACAGCUUUGGAGAGAAGGGCACCGAAGGGAUCGUGCUUCUGAAAGAACGUUGCGAGGACUACUACAAAUCAGGAGUCCGCAUUGCGAAGUGGCGCACGCAACUGGAGUGCAACCUCGAGAUGCCGACGGACGUGGCAGUCUGGGAGAACUCGGACUGCAUUGCUCGUGCAGCACGCAUCUGUCAGGCUAAUGGCUUGGCGUUCAUCGCCGAGAUUCAGACAUCGCAGAACACAGGAACGGCCUAUGUCUGUGAAAAGGCAAGGGUGUAUGAUUCGUCACAAGUCUACGAUGCGAGGACGUUUGGCAUGUUUGGAUGUUACGAUUGUUCACACUCGGAGCUACUCAAGAAAGGCAGCGAACAUGCGAACCUUGCACUCUCUGCCCGAGAUUCUGAGUGUUUCCAGGCUAAGCACAAAAGGGGCAGGUUCCCUUCGUCUUGGGUAUCGAGUACUGCACCCACGACGUCUUUCUUAGCAUUCGAUUCAACCCUCUUGUGCCUGCCUCCCUGCGCCGUGACGAUGAUGCGAUUGGGUCCGGCGCUGCGGAGCACAAUGCAAAUGCAGAGAUGGAUCUACCAGGUCUCCGGAAGAAGUGCCGCUACCACGCGCUUUAGCUCGCACCGCUGGACUCAGUCAGCUGCUGGGGCUCCGCCGGAAAUGCCCGAGAACCUCCGAAAAAUCAUGGACGAGUAUGAGCGGCGACGAGCCGAAGAAGAUGCCAAGCAGUCUGGUGUCUGGGGGAUCCUGAACUCGAGCACUGGGGCCUUGAUGGGUGCCACCUGUGCGGGUGGCAUCCUUUGGCUGUUUUACUGCCUCGAUGAUGUGUCCAGCCCCCCGCAUGGAUUGUGGGCGAUUCUCUUCAGAAAGCUUGGAGAGGAACGGGCAAGUCGAGCUCUGGUGAAAGCGGCAUCCUGGAGAUUACUGCCCAGGGACCUGGACAAGGACGACCCCUACUUGGUAGUUGAGCCGCACGAGGGCCUGAAGUUCUACACACCCGUGGGCCUUGGUCCUGGCAUAGACACUCUGGCGGAGGGCGUAUCUGCCUUCCUUGACUUGGGCUUCGGAUUUGUGGAGGUCGGUCCAGUAGGUGCUGGCGGAGCGAAACCAGAGACGGUGCUGCGAAACCUUGAACAUCGAGACGCCAGUCAACAGAUUGCUCAGUUUGGAUUGGUGGGUGCUUCCGCGGGAGGCAGCCAGGAGGAGCUGCUGUCAAUUCUGUCUUCAUUGGGUCCCAAGCUCCAGCUCUUCGUCGUGGACCUGGCAUCUUUACCCGCAGGGCAGAGAGGCGAGGUGGCGAAGAUCGCGAAAGAGCUGGUGCUCAAAGCGAUGCAGCUGCCAGGGGGUGGGCCCCGCAUCUUUCUGAGGCUUCCUGCGAGCUGGCCAGAUGCCUCCGCAAGCCCAGAGGAGCAGCGCCGUGCAGCCGGCGAAGUUGCCCAAGCGGCACGGCGCAGUGAAGCCGCGGGGAUCAUCGUCUGCAGGGGUCUUUUGGGACAGCUACGCCAGCGAAACAUCAGGACCGCGAGAGCUUACUUGCCUUGCCUUGCAUUGGCUACACUGGCCGCUGCUCCUUUGGCUUUGUCUUCUCUGGCUUUCUCCGGCGAGAAGCCCGGUGUGAAGCGGGCUCGAGGCGGCCAGCUGCGGUGCUUGGCCUGUGACGAAGGCCAGGCAUCUCUGGGCAGCUUACGUAUCAACUUCUGCGGCCGCCCUCCAACAGGCUACACACCAGUCUUCUACGAUGAUCCCGGCACGAACACCGCGUCUGUAAAUGCUGGUGACUACAAUUUGUAUGUGGGUGGUGGCGCUAUCAACCUUGCCUUCUUAAAGGAGCUGGGUCUUCCCCGAUCAAACAAGUACUUAGACUUGCACAAGGCGAUGUUGAAGGCCGCUUCCAGCACACCUGGCCAGCUGGUUGCCAGCUCAGCGUUGCCAGGGACGGAAGUUGACGCUUUUCUAUCCGAGCUGGGCCUGAUGGCGUCCUUCGCUCGUGUGCCCGCUGUCAACGGCCCCGAUGCUGUCGUUGGAGCAGCAUUUCUGGAUGUCUUGGGACCUGAGCAUCGCCCGCGCAGCAUAAAGAACGUGGCGAUGCUGUAUGUGGUGGGUCCGAAAGGCACAGGAGCUACAGGGGGACAAGGCCCCACCGUGGACUCCAAUGCGGCAUUCCUGCAGAGCGUUGAGGAGAUGGCUGCCAACGCACUGUUGGCGGUGGCAGAAUACAAUUCACUGCUCGACGAGGAGACGCUGCCCAGAAUCCAAGAAGUUCAGUUCUGUUUGGUGUCUGGUGGCGUGUACAUGCACCCCGAGAGUUCCAAGCUCGAUGUGGCGGCGGCCAUUGUGAGAGGUCUACGACGGGCUGCCGAGACGAAAGCGGCUCCGACGGUGAGAUUCGCCUACGAUUCCAACUCAUUUGAGGAUGCAGUCGGAAUCGAAGAGCCUGGCAUCUUCAAGAGUCAUGAUGAUGCGGCCUAUGGUUGCCAGGGCACGAAGGAGUCGCGCCGACUCCAGCGUGACCUGAUUUCUGAAGCUUUCGAGAAAACCCAGGGAGACAUCGCGAUCAUUGCCAGCGGCGGGCUGCGCAAUGCCAGGGAUGCUCUCGAUGCGGUGGAAGCUGGCGCAACGGUGGUACAGAUCUCCACACUUCUUCUUGAGGAAGGCCCUGUCGCAUGCCGCCAAAUGAAGGAUGGAAUGGCGCAGCUUCUAAUGCAGGAGGCAGAUCGCCGGGUUUUUGGAGGGGGCCAGUUUCCGAUUGUGUUUCCAGCUGAGCGAGGUGCUGCGACUCUUAGAAGUGUAUCGCGAGUAUCGUUUAAAGUUGCGUGGGCUUGGGGGAUCGUGUGCUUCCGAACAUUUCGAUUGCAUUGUCCGUCGCGUGACGACGUACUCCACGGAAAGACAAUCCACGCUUUGAAGCAGAGCAGAGCUUGA